AUGGUACCUAGAGAGGCAUUCAGACCGCUAUUAUCUGAAAAAGGACAUACUUUUCGGGCUUUUCAAGAUGCAUCCAUUGGGGCGUCUGCAUACCAAAUACGUCUAAUGGAUGUACUGGACGGUGUGUACAGAGCACUGCAGUGUGGAUUUUUCAAUUUCAGUGAUUUUGAUCUGACAGAAUAUGAGUACUAUGACAACAUAGAACAUGGAGACUUAAAUUGGAUUCUUCCUAGUAAAUUUCUUGCCUUUUGUGGACCUUCAUCAGAACAUUUGACUGUAUAUAAACCACCAGAAUUUUAUUUGCCUUAUUUCAAACGUAACAGCAUUAGCACAGUAAUUCGUCUUAACAAAAAAGCUUAUGAUGCACGUGUGUUUAUAGAUGCAGGAAUUCAACACUUUGAUUUAUAUUUUAUGGAUGGUGGUGUCCCUUCACAAAUGAUUGCUGAAAAAUUUCUAAAAAUAACAGAAGCUGCUAAAGGAGCAGUUGCAGUACAUUGCAAGGCUGGACUUGGGCGCACAGGAUCUCUCAUAGGAGCCUAUCUUAUGAAACACUACCGUAUGACUGCUCAAGAAGCUAUAGCUUGGUUGAGAAUAUGUCGCCCUGGAUCUGUGAUUGGUCGUCAACAAACAUGGUUAGAAGACAUGGAAUAUUGGCUCUGGAAAUGUGGGGAAGCAUAUCGAAUACAACAUCAUGGUGAUGGUGAUAAAAUUCCAAGACAUGCUUUUGGCAUAUACAGUAUUAAAGCAAAAUUAAUUGCAAAUAGAAAACCAGUUGCAAAUGGAUCUGAUAUAGUGCUUCCAAAAGGAGUUGGUUUUUUGAAGUAUCUUUUGGAAGAGGAGACCCAAGACAAAGAAGAUGCCACUAGCACAUUCUAUGCAGCAAGUGAUAUCAAGCCAAUAUGUAAGAAAACUAAAUUAAAUCGUCGGAGAGACUUUAAAAUACCUUAUUCACAAUCCAGUCCUAGAUCAGAAGUAAAAGCACAAAGCUUGAUUGUUAAAAGUUGUCCCAGUAAAAAAUUUCCAGUUGAAAAACAUGAGGAAGUAUUGUCAGGAAAUAAACGAAUUGUGCAGACCAACAAAAAAGAAAAGAAAAGUCUUUCCAUUUGUAAUAAAAAAGAAAAAGAAACAAAAGAAGUCAAAGAGAGCAAAGAAGAGCUCACACAGGGAGAUCAUUUGAAUAUGAUUAAGACCAUGAGAUCCAGAGUGACAAGGCAGCUCCAAAAGCAUGACAUGAAACAGCCUAUAAAAGGCAAUAAAUAAAAACGUAUGAGAGAACUCAACAAGAAAAGGGGUAUGCAAAAGAAAAAAGACAUAAACAUUAUAUUUUCAAAAUGUCUUGAAUAUCUUAGGUUUAAUUUUGGAAGCAAUUUUACAAAGUUUUGUAUAAACAUGCAACUUGUUUUGUAACAUGGUGUAUUUUCAGAGAUAUAUUUUAUUUUGAUUUACCUUUCUCUUUGUAUAAUCAAACCUGUUAUAUCAGUAUCAAAUAAAUACUGUGUUAAACAAGGGUGUAUGUAAUGAAUAGAUGACACGUAUGGAAUUAAAUGUUCC